GUGGCGCCGGGGUUCGAGAAAAACCUGCACCUCCUUUUGCUCCGGCAAAGACGCGCAGGAAACAACAACCCAGGACAUCGAGCCAUCCCAAAUGUUCUCUUUUUAGCUGCAGGAAAGCAGUGAUCCUCUUCUGGCACUGCGCUUGCUUGGAUCCUUGACCGGGGCUCGAGCCUUUCAGCACCAUCGACGCACUGCACCACCCACCGCCACGACCUCCGCCGCCGCCCUCACCUCCGCCGCGACGUCGAAAAACGACCUGAGCGCGCGCCUACGAUUACACGUCGAGCAAACAGUCGCUGUGUAGGCGUCGUGAGGCUAGAAAAUUUCUGCUCCAGUGCAGUAGUGAACCGCAACAUGCAGUACGAAGUUCCUAUGCCACUCAGCAUGAACCACGACAUGCACACACCGAACGGAAACUAUCUAGGACAGAAUUUAUACGUUCCCACUGCCAAUCGCAUCAAAUCCGAGAAUGGCUCUGAUCGCGGCGUCUCUCCCCACUCCUCUGAGCAUUCGUCGAGAUACUCGUCGACAGCGCCGCAGAACUCGGUAGCAUAUCAACAGAUUGCUGCACAACUGACCAAUGGCAUGCGAUAUCCGUCACCCUCGAUGCCGCAAUCCAAUUCGAUGCCGAUGCUGCAACAACACUACCAGCCUACUGGGACUCCGGACAGUAACUACCCACAGCACACUCCUACACUUGGCGCCACACAGCAGAGCACGCCACAGGAGCCAAGUCCGAUGGAAGGAGCACGAACGAGUACCGGAAGCAGCGGCCUCCCCAAAGCAUUCGCUUGCUCAACAUGCAAUAAGGGCUUCGCGAGGAGAAGUGACUUGGCGCGUCAUGAGCGUAUCCACAGUGGUGUUAGGCCACACGUGUGCGAUUACGCAGGUUGCGGCAAGCAGUUCAUCCAACGCUCGGCGCUGACAGUCCACUCGCGCGUGCACACUGGCGAGAAGCCCCACAUGUGCGAGCGAUGUGGAAAGCCAUUCUCGGAUAGCAGCUCGCUCGCUCGUCACCGCCGCAUCCACUCUGGCAAGCGACCGUAUAAGUGUCCAUAUGCCGAUUGCCAAAAGACCUUCACUCGCCGCACGACUCUCACGAGACAUCAGAAUCAUCACACGGGUACGAUCGAAGAGUCGGAAGCAGCCACUGCAGCGGCAUUGGCAUCACGCGUAUCUAUGCAGGGCCAGCGCUCGCGAGGUUCGGAUGACGAGAACGACUUCUCUGACAAUGGUAAAUCCCCAUUGCCACAGCCUGAUCGCCAGUCGACGAAUUCUCCGGCUGCCGGCAUGAACAAUAUGCCCACUCUCCAGAGACAGACGUCCGAGUUUUACAUGAACGCCAUAUCUGGUGGCAUGGCAGCUGUGCCUCCCCACAUGCGCAGCCAGGUUCAGGCAUCACCGCGUGCACAGUCGCCUCAACAAUACUCUAUGCCGGGCAACAACGGUACGCCUCAGCCGCGAAUUACCUCGAUUUCGGCCGCAGGCUACAACGGACCCCCUCAGAUUAUGGAACCGCCCACCACGAAUGGCCACCAACAAACCGGUAGUGGCCACAACAGCCCACAUCUCAACGGUUGGCAGUCGCCUCACAAUGGCAUGGGUCCUGGUCAACAUCAGACGACAGACUACUCCUAUCAAGAUGCCAGCGGAUAUCCUUCUCACAGCGUCAAUGCCAUGCACGCGUACUAUCAGGCUCCCAACGUGUCGCGGCCCCACAGUACUGGUCCUGUCGACUACAGUAGCGGACUGCGCCAAGACGUUUGGACUCAACAGCCUUGAAAAGGUGUGCUUCCGUCAUUGGAUAUGGGCCACUUGCUAGCUCUACGCGCAGGUGCCACAUGAGAUGAACACUCGAGCGAGUGCACUCAGCGCACCCAGCGCAACUUGCAUUUCCAUCGCCGGAGGUCCAUGGACCGGCUUGAUACCCAGAUCACUUAUGCUUGCUUUCGGGAGUAGUAAUUUUGCUUGGGGCCCGUUUGGCGUUUCUAUUUAUCUCACACGGAGUUUAUCAUGGGCUGUCUGAUACCCCAUCCCGCCAGAUCAUACCACUCGUCUCCUUUGUUCAAGACCGGCCUUUUAAAGAAGGAGGAAUAACCAGUCACUCUAAUAUGGGAUUGCUUUCUAUUGCGGGCGCCACAAAAAAUGGGAUACCUCGGUCGUGCUGCUUAGCAGAUGCUUGCUCGCCUCUGUUAUGAUGAAUGCACGACUGCGUCUGUAACAUAGGCGGCAGCGGGCGUCGCAUUUGGGGUUCAGAUGGGGAAGGGAGGUCUGGGUAAUUAACAGCAGUGCAGACCAAGGUCGCACGAGCUGAGUACUACAUUAACUGUAAUUUUGGAGGACGGCGCGCGCGCUGUGAGGAUUGGGCGUCGCUUGUCGGAAGAGCAUGGUCAGACGCGAACUCUGUAGCGGUUCUGAUGCACGAAGGAGACUGACGAGCAGGCUUGCUGUCUUCGUCCUCGACCAAAGAUGGGAUCUUAUGUCAACUGUAGUAGUAGUAAUACGUGUGUGUGUGUCGUCGCAUCACCAGAUGGCGCACAAGAAGAGAAAGUGG